AUGGUAUUCUACAAGCCCGGGGAAACCGACCACGGUCUCCCCAACGACCCCUUCAAAGCGUGCGUCGUCCCCCGCCCCAUCGGCUGGAUCUCCACCGUCUCAGGCACGACCGGCACCGCCAACCUAGCCCCCUACUCCCAAUUCAACAACCUCACCUUCGACCCGCCGUACGUCAUGUUCAGCGCGAACCAAACCCCCACCGCCGCGCAAAAGGACACCGCCGCCAACGCCGAAGCCACAGGCGUCUUCUGCUGGAACCUCGCGACGUACGACCUCAAAGACUAUGUGAACGCCUCCGCCGAGCAGGUCGACGCUUCCGUCGACGAGUUCGAGCACGUGGGGCUCGAGAAGGAGGACUCGAGGCUCAGCUUCGUGGACGUGCGGAGUCAGGGAAGGAGGGUCGCGGUGCCGUUGGUCAAGAGGAGUCCCGUGAAGUUCGAGUGCGUGCAUUAUAGUACGCUGAGGUUGCCGGGGAAUCCGCCGAUGGGGGCGGUGGAUGUGGUGAUUGGGAGGGUGGUGGGGAUUCAUAUUGAUGAUAGGGUGUUGACGGAUGGGAGGAUCGAUGUCAGGAAGACGGUGCCGAUUGCGAGGUGUGGGUAUUUUGAGUAUGCGGCGAUUAGGGAGACGUUUGAGAUGAGGAUUCCGGGGGAGAAUAAGAGUUGGUUGACGGGGUUGGAGGGGAGUACGAAGGGACAUAGGGCUAUGUUGGAGGGGGAGACGGCGACGACGCAGAAGGAUGAGGAGUCCGGGCAGGUGGUUGAGAAGUGA